UUUAUGUAGAACAGAAGAAUCAGCUAUAUAAUUUGUGUUCAAAGUCAGCGACUUUCUCUCUUUUCUCUCUCUCUUUUUCUUUAAACCUUCAGCUCUGAAUCAGUUUUUGUUUGUUUUAGAGAAGAAAAAUGCCCUUUUAGAGCCAGUUUUUUUUCUGUGCGCCUUUUUGUGCUUGAACUUCAACAAAGACUCCUCAGAAUAAUGCCUUCUUGGAUUGGUUGAAUUAGUUAUGUGCAGCAGCUUAUUGGGUGUUUGGAAAUGGAGAAUUACCAAGGAGAUUUGACUGAUAUUGUGAGAGGCAGCUCCAGUAGUGCCACUUAUGGCUGCAAAAUUGAAGACCCUUUUGGUUUUUCAUCAGCCGAGUGGCAAUUUCACCCAUCCAUGAGUAAUUUGGAUCAGCUGGAACAACAACCAACAUCGCAACAACAUCAAUACAGCAGCUUUGGAGAUCCAUUUUGUGCAGCUGCCAUGAGAGAUCCACUCCUUCACGAGCUCGAUAUGUGUGGCUCUUCUUCUUCUCCUUCAGCGGCUUCUAAUUCUUCCACUACUUGUACCUUUUUCAAUGGCGGCCAUGAUCAAGAUCAUGAUCAUCACCUUGUAAUCAAAACCCCACCUUCUUCUUCCAAUAAUACUAAUAUUUUCUCACGUAUGCUUCAGAUCUCUCCUUCCACAAAUAAGUUCCCCAUUUCUUCUCCUCAUUCUUCCCCUUUGUUUCCCAAUUCCACCUCCUCCACACCCUUAAUUAAUGCUAAUUCUUCUGAGUUUCAUCAUUUCCUCGACAACACCGCCGUUCAGAUCUCUUCUCCCCGGAAUCCCACCGGUAUCAAGCGAAGGAAGAGCCAGGCAAGGAAGGUGGUUUGUGUUCCUGCACCAGUGGCUGCCAGCAGUAGGCCUAAUGGAGAAGUUAUUCCUUCUGAUCUCUGGGCUUGGAGGAAAUAUGGUCAGAAACCCAUUAAAGGUUCUCCCUAUCCUAGGGGAUACUACAGAUGCAGCAGCUCAAAGGGUUGCUCAGCCAGAAAACAAGUGGAGAGAAGCCGAACAGAUCCCAAUAUGCUGGUCAUUACCUACACAUCAGAGCACAACCAUCCAUGGCCGACCCAAAGAAACGCCCUGGCCGGCUCUUCCCGCUCCCAACAAUCAAAAAGCAGCGCACCAAAUUCAAAACUCAACCCCCAAAACCCAACCCCAGAUCAGCCUGCUGACACCAACAAAACCCAAGUAUUUGGUGCACCAACAAAUGUCAAGGAAGAGGCAAUUGAUCAUCAGGAGAUCAUUCAAGCAGAAGACAAUGGAGAUUUCAGCGAAGGGUUUCAAUACAUGCCCACCAAUAACAAUAACAACAAUCAAAGUGAUGAUUUUUUUGCGGAUUUGGAAGAGUUGGAUACCGACCCUUUAAACCUCUUGUUCAGCACUGGAGGAGAUGAUGAUGGGCAGCAAAAAGAAGCCAAAUUUGGUCUAUUUGAUUGGGCAGCGGAAAACAACAACAACAACGCCAAUUCCACAUCGUUUGAGGAAGCAGCUGCUGGAAAGAGAGGUUUUUAUUAACCAGAAGAAGAAGAUGAUGAUCAUAUAUUUGACUUUUUUUUUUCCUAAGUAAAUUAUAUGUCUGGGGUGCAUUUUUCUACAGUACAAAAAAUUUCAAAAAAAAAAAAAAGGAACUUUAUAUACCAGUUCACACGUGAUUUAUUAAUCAUGGUUGGGGUAUUGGAUUGAAAGAAUAAAACAAAAUUAAACUCGCUGACCGACCCCUUUUGAUUCAAUUUAAUUCAAUCCACUGGGUACAUGUAAAUGUAUGUAUAAACUACCUAGAAUAUGAAAAUUUUUGUAAUGUAUAUGAUGAUGCUGUUGUUGGCUUGA